AUGCUGCUGGCUGUGCUGCUGCUGCUGCUACUGUCCCUCCCAGACUCGUGGUAUGCCCAUGGGCACCCACUGUACACACGCCUGCCCCCCAGCACCCUGCAAGUUCUGUCAACCCAGGGGACACAAGCGCUGCAGGCGGCCCAGAGGAGCGCCCAGUGGGCAGUAAACCGAGUGGUGAUGGAGAUCCAGCACAGAUCGCAUGAGUGCCAAGGAUCUGGGCACUCCAGGCCUCAAGCCCCCCUCCUUCAGGACCCACCUGAGCCAGGGCCAUGUGGCGAAAGGCGCCCAAGCACUGCCAAUGUGACGCGGGCUCAUGGCCGCAUAGUGGGGGGCAGCGCUGCACCUCCGGGGGCCUGGCCCUGGCUGGUGAGGCUGCAACUCGGGGGGCAGCCUCUGUGCGGCGGCGUCCUGGUGGCGGCGUCCUGGGUGCUCACAGCGGCGCACUGCUUUGCGGGCGCCCCGAAUGAGCUUCUGUGGACUGUGACGCUGGCCGAGGGGCCCCGGGGGGAGCAAGCGGAGGAGGUGCCGGUGAACCGCAUCUUGCCCCAUCCCAAGUUUGACCCACGAACCUUCCACAAUGACCUGGCCCUGGUGCAGCUGUGGACGCCCGUGAGCCCGGCGGGGCCGGCGCGCCCCGUGUGCCUGCCCCAGGAGCCCCAGGAGCCCCCCGCCGGCACCGCCUGUGCCAUCGCGGGCUGGGGAGCCCUCUUCGAAGAUGGGCCCGAGGCUGAGGCGGUGAGGGAGGCCCGCGUCCCCCUGCUCAGUGCCGAGACCUGCCGAAGGGCCCUGGGGCCCGGGCUUCGCCCCAGCACCAUGCUCUGCGCUGGUUACCUGGCGGGGGGCAUUGACUCGUGCCAGGGUGACUCUGGAGGGCCCCUGACCUGUUCCGAACCUGGCUCCAACCCCAGGGAAGUCCUGUUCGGAGUCACCUCCUGGGGGGACGGCUGUGGGGAGCCAGGGAAGCCCGGGGUCUACACCCGCGUGGCAGUGUUCAAGGACUGGCUCCAGGAGCAGAUGAGAGGCUGCCCUGGACUGGAGCCCCUGCGACAGAAGUUGGCCGCCCUUCAGGGGGCCCAUGCCUGGAUCCUGCGGGUCCCCUCCGAGCACUUGGCCAUGAACUUUCAUGAGGUCCUGGCAGAUCUUGGCUCCAAGACACUGACUGGACUCUUCAGAGCCUGGGUGCGGGCAGGCCUGGGGGGCCGGCAUGUGGCCUUCAGCGGCUUGGUGGGCCUGGAGCCGGCCACACUGGCUCGCAGCCUCCCCCGGCUGCUGGCGCAGGCCCUGCAGGCCUUCCGCCUGGCUGCCCUGGCCGAGGGCGAGCCUGAGGGACCCUGGAUGGGUGGGGGGCAGGGCUCGGGCCUGGGGAGGAAGGGGCACCACCCUCUCAGCCCCCAGGUUCCCCCAGCCAGGCAGCCAUGAGCCAUGUGUGGGCCACCAGCCCCUGGUGAGGACCUGCUGCUCCCAGGGGCUAAGAGGAACUUGGGGCACAUAAUGACAAACUGUCACUGCCACAAGCUGCUGGGUAUGUGUGGGUGGGGUGGGGUGGGGUGGGGACCCUGGGCCCCAUGUGUCUUCCCAGGUUUGCAAUAAGAGACUCACAGCUGCUUUAAUAAAUGUUAUUUAUAAUCCACGGAAACAAAAAAAAACUAUCCAG